AUGGAUUCCGUUAGCUUUGACAACACCAAGACCCAUCACCAGGCUGCCCUGGUGUGGGCUAUCAUCGGCAUCUCAUGGGGUGCCAUCACAUACUCAUACGCUGGAUCCAUCAUCGGGACGACGUUGGGACAACCCUCUUUCAUCGCGUAUAUGGGCUUAGCGACCAAUAAGCAUGCAGAAAGCCUGACCGGUACUAUGACGGGCCUUUUCUACGCAGGCGGCGUUUUUGGAUGUCUACUCAACGCAUGGAUGGCCGAUCGCUUUGGUCGCAAACUCACCGUGUGCACUGGCGCAGUUAUCAACAUCAUCUCAACGGCCUGUCUAGCAGGAUCCGUAAACAUUGGAAUGUUCAUUGCGUUCCGGUUCUUCUGUGGUGUUGGAUCGUAUAUGCUCUACCUUUCGGUGCCUCUUUGGGUCAUUGAGCUUUGCCCGCCCAAGGGCCGAAGUAUCCUCGGUGGCAUAGUUGGACUCUUUGGCGUGAUUGGCUAUAUUCUAGCAGCCUAUGUUGGAAUUGGCUUCUUCUACUACAAGACUACCACCUCGUCACAAUGGCGUGCUCCCCUUGCCAUCGGCUGUUUCCCUGCGAUCGUUUUACUUUGCUGGAUGCCCUUCCUUCCGGAAUCACCACGUUGGCUACUCGCAGUUGACAGGAAUGAUGAAGCGUGGGAGAUCGUCAAGAAGCUACACACGACCAAAGAUGACCCAGACCACGAGUUCGCGACCGCUGAAUUUUACCAGAUGAAGUCUCAACAUGACCUGGAUCGAGGACUGGAUGGAUCUUGGACCGAAAUGUUCCGGCGACCCUCUUAUCGGAGGCGCGCACUCCUAGCGUUUUUCCUCCCUGUCAUCAUGUAUACCACCGGAAAUCUCGUCAUCACAACCUAUGCUGCCUCAAUCUUCGCUAGUAUCGGCUACGGACCCGGCGACUCCCUCCAACUCCUUGCUGGAAUCUACCUCGCCGCAAUCGCAGGCAACCUGAUCUCCCUCACCUACGUUGACCGCGUCCCCCGUAACGUUAUGCUGUGCACCGGCGUGAUCGUCGUGACCUGCAUUCUCUCCAUCGAAACCGCUCUCGUUGCGAAAUUCCUCGGCACUGGUAACAAAGCCGGGCUCUCCGCUGCAGCGGCAUUCCUCUUCCUCUUCCUCGCCGCCUUCAACAUGUUCCUGGAAGGAAUAUCCUGGUACUAUCCAGCUGAGAUCUUCCCCACGCACCUCCGCGCAAAGGGGAUGACUCUGGCAGUCAUCGGGUUCUGCAUGGUUGAUAUUCUCUGGCUCGAGAUAGCGCCUACUGCCAUUGCAAAUAUUGGCUGGAAGUACUAUCUCGUCUUCAUCUGCUUGUCGGUUUUCGGAGCUGCGAUUGUGUUCUUCCUCUACCCAAAUACGCUUGGGAAGCCACUUGAGGAGGUUGCGAAGAUGUUUGGAGAUGAUGAUUUGGUCGCGAUUUAUCAGCAAGAUAUCCACAUUGAUCAUACUAAGCAUCAAGUUAUUGAGAAGAAUGGGGCAACGUUUAAGGAAGAAGCUGAGGCUUAGAUUGCCAUAUCAGUUGGACAUUGAGGG